CGUGGAAAUAUCCAAUUAUCUGUUGGAGUUAAUUACAGCCUGAAUGAACCAUUAACAUCCCCCCCCCCAACCCCUCCUGGUCAGUCCCACGCAGACUGGGUAUAAAUAUCAGGUGUGGCAGCAGACAGACAGUCAGUCAGACAGUCAGGACCAGCAGGGACCAGCAGCAGGAAGACCAGAACCAGAACCAGCUCCAGCUCCAGAACCAGACAGACCAUCAUGCUGCUGCUGCUCCUCCUGCUCGGCCUCAGCACCGCUGCAGGCUUCGAGCUGCUGCCGGAGGAGGCUGCUCCUCGCCGGGCUCGCUUCUCCUCCAACAGCCCCACUGAUGUGGCCAGAUGUUUGAACGGAGCCGUCGCUGUCGGCUGUGGAUUCUUCUCCUGUCUGGAAAACUCCACCUGCGACACCGACGGGAUGCACGAGAUCUGUGAACUCUUCCUCCACUCAGCUGCUACCUUCAACACUGAGGGUAAAACGUUCGUGAAGAAGAGUCUUCACUGCAUCUCUCAGGGAAUCUCAGCGAAGGUUUUCCAAACGAUCCGCCGCUGCAACAUCUUCCAGAGGAUGAUCGCCGAGGUGCAAGAGGAAUGUUUAACCAGUCAUGACAUCUGCACUGUGGCUCGAACCAACCCGGACGCUAUCGGAGAGGUGGUGCAGGUUCCCACCCACUUCCCCAACAGGUACUACAGCACUCUGCUGCAGACGCUGCAGGCCUGCGACGAGCAGACGGUGGCGGCGGUGAGGACGGGCGUCAUGGCCAGGUUAGGCCCCGACAUGGAGACCUUCCUCCAGCUGGUCCAGAACAAACCCUGCGCCGCCGGCUCCGGCUCUGGCGCCGCCGCCUUCAGCAACCCGUCCAGCUGGAGGAACAUGCCCGUGUUCAACAUCCAGCCGGGCUUCAGAGGCCGGGACCCCACCCACCUGUUCGCCAGGAAGAGGUCUGUGGACGACACGGAGGGGGGGGUUUAUGUCGAGCAGUAGAUGACGCCAUCACGCCCGCUCACGUGCACUCCUGAAUCCCACGCCGAUACACAAACAUGCAGCUUUCUCCUCAAACUGAUGAUUACCGUCAGCAACCAGCAGCUUUAGAUGAUUCAGGGUGAUCAUCACUUCUUAUUAUUAUCAUUAUUAUUAUUACUACUAUGAGACCGACUACCUGACAUUUCAAAAGAGUGAUUAGAAGUGAUAUUUAUUUUCUUAAUUUAUGAGGCAGUGAUAUUUAAUGUAGUGGGAGGGGGCAGGGGUCCAUGCUGGUCGUGGAGCUCUUCACGUCUCCUGUUGGUCUGAGAUCUCUUUAUUAGUUAAAGGUGGAUGUGAUGUUUCAAUGAGAGGUUACCGUGGUUACUGGUGUUACUGUGGUUACCGUGGUUACGUAGAAGAUGGAAGCCGACUGGUUUGUGUUAGAAAUAAAUAAAUAAAUGAUGUUAUAUGACUGA